AAAAUAAGAUAUCUUGAUUUGGAUAGAAGGGGGAAAAGGUUCAAUUAUUUGAAAGGAAAAAGGGAAGAAGGGAGAGAGUAUGUUGUCGCCAAGUCUAUAAAAGAGAGAUAUUUGGGCAGAGAGACAGAGUCCAGUUUUCUGAAGAGCCUCUGAUUCCCCUUCCCUCUUCCAACACCAUUUCCAGAAUUUCUCUCUUCCAGAUUCCCGGAAAAUCAUCGGCCAAGCACAGUCUCUUGUGCGAUUCGAGAAAUGGAUUCGAGUUGUUUCGACAGCGUGAAAGCAGAGAAAGCCAAGGCGUUAUGGCGUUACCACGGUCUCCGCAGCAUCGGCCGCGUCUUCCGUGCGGCGGAGGUCUGCGUUGCUCUGCUCUUCCUCUCGUGGACAUUCACGCGCCUUCCAUUCGCCGUCCAAAUCUCCGGCGAGUUUAUCCGCCGUCUCGCUGGCGUCGUUUCAAGUCCUCUGUUCAUGUUCCUCCUCGGAAACUCCAUCGUCGUUGCUCUUCUCGCCAAGUCCUCCGAUCGGUCCUCCGGCGCCGACACUGAGUUCUACGAGGCGCUAGUCAGAUCCGGCGAGCAUCGAUCCAGGCCGUCGCUUGUGAAUCAGACUGAAGAGGAGAUCGUGUACGAUGAUAAACAGGUGAUCGUGACCGAGCCGAAAUCGUAUUCAAAUUCAAAUUCUCACGCGCGUGGAGAACACGCGAUGAGCGAUGAUGCGGAGACGGACUCCGAUUCAGAAACCGACGAUCUGGCGUCGGAUCACCCGAAGAUCUACCGAAGGAGCAAGUCAGACAUUUCGGUGAAGCAGAGUCCGGAGAAGGUGACCAAAUGCUCCCUCCGGCGAUCGGAGACGGAGAAGUACCGGAGAACAGAGGAAGUUGAGGGGGACGAUAGGGUUUACCCGGAGGAUAAACUCAGCAACGAGGAAUUUCAGAAGACGAUCGAAGCUUUCAUAGCGAAACAGUUGAUGUUUCGCCGCCGGGAAUCCCUGGCAGUGGUUCUCCAUAAACCAGGCCUCUCAAGCAUCAGUGACGAGAGGAAGUAACGGUGGAAUUGGAUAUUUUUCGAGUUGAAUCCAUACUCUUUGUACAGUUUUCGUCGAUAUGUUUGAAAACAGAAACCCAAAAUCAGUAUCUGUGACUGUGAGGUUUACAUGUUCGGAUCGAAUCUCUCUCUCCCGCGAGUAAUCAUGCAAACUUGAAGUGGAAUA